GCGAGUUUAUUCAAGGUAUAGGUAUUCAACAGCCCAGACGCUACAAAGAGAUCAAGGGCUGCAAAUCCACCAGUAUGUAGAGAGAACGUGAUAUCCAGCUCGUCCUACUAUAAGAGGAUAUUAACUACCAUUCAAUACCAAGAUGUUGUAAAUAGCUUUUUUAUAGGAGUUUAAAGCACACUUUUGAGAGAGAACCAAUAUAACCGAAGCAGAGUCCCCAGUAUGCAAUGGGACACCUAGACAUUGGUUAUCCAAGUACAGGCGUGGCUACCCUAGAGUAUCGCAAUCUCAGAUCAUCUCAAUACUUAUUCAUGUGUUUUCAGAGCAUAGUCAAGUUGCUACUCCUCUACUUUUUCAAUAUCAAACAAAUAAAUAGUAAUGGCAACUUUGCCACUGAUCUAUCCGAGUCCAAGGCACAAUAUGCUUUGGAGUCAUUUGAUAGUCUCCUAGUCGUAAGCAACAAAGAACUCACCUCAGGCCUCGAAACUGUUCUAUGAAUGCUUUCUAAGCUGUCGAUUCUAUACAACCUGAAGCAUAAACACAAUCACAAAGCUACUGGACCUUGAAGGUUGUACAACACAUCAAAACUAGCAACACUCUUCUCGCCAUCUAGGGUAGCACUGCCCAUCGUCCAUGUAACGCUCCCUGCCAUAUACAAGAACAUCCACUGUCGAGCUCCCAAAAAUUCACACGAAAC